AUGCCUUGUGUUCUUUUUUUAUUGAGUACUUUUUAUACUAAUACAGGUACCUAUGGAGUGGUGUAUAAGGCUAUUGAUACAAAGCACAACAACAGACCAGUGGCGCUUAAGAAGAUCCGUCUCGAGUCCGAAGAUGAAGGAGUUCCUCUGACUGCAAUUCGGGAAAUAUCUCUUCUUAAAGAGAUGCGUGACGAAAAUAUUGUUCGUCUUUAUGACAUCAUUCACUCAGAUUCACAUAAACUCUACCUUGUGUUCGAGUUUCUUGAUCUUGAUCUUAAAAAGUAUAUGGAACUGAUUCCUCAAGGAGUGGGAUUGGGUCUCGAUAUGGUGAAGCUGUUUAUGCACCAACUCCUCAAGGGCAUUAAGCAUUGCCAUGCACAUAGAGUGUUGCAUCGUGACUUGAAGCCGCAAAACCUUCUUAUUGACAAGGAGGGAAAUCUCAAGUUGGCGGAUUUCGGUUUGGCAAGAGCAUUUGGAGUACCACUUCGUGCUUAUACCCACGAAGUAGUAACUUUGUGGUACCGAGCUCCGGAAAUCUUGCUUGGAGGUAAGCAAUAUUCCACUGGCGUUGAUAUGUGGUCAGUAGGGUGCAUUUUUGCUGAAAUGUGUAACCGGAAACCUUUAUUCCCUGGGGAUUCAGAGAUCGAUGAAAUCUUUCGCAUAUUUCGAGUAUUGGGAACACCAACGGAAGAAACUUGGCCUGAUGUGUCAUACCUUCCGGACUUUAAGCCUACGUUUCCUAAAUGGCAGCGGAAGGAAUUGGCCGAGUUUGUCCCUAGUCUAGACCAGGAUGGAAUUGAUUUGUUGUCACAAAUGUUGGUUUACGAUCCAUCCGGACGCAUCAGCGCCAAACGGGCUUUGGUGCACCCUUAUUUCCUGGAUGAUUCACAAGAUAAUCACCCACGGUCGGUGAACAUGGGUUAG